CCUUAAUAAAAAUUUAUUUACAAAAAAAAAAAAAUCUUUCACACAAAUACAAAUAAAAUGGCUUCUCUACCCGAUCCUCUUGCAACUGCCAGUGGUCCUGUGUCUGCUUAUAUGAGUGGACAUGACAGUGCUAAUUUAGCUUAUGUAAAGCACUUUGCAAAGAAAACCGAUGCUGUUCGUGCAACAUUUAAAAGUCUCAAUUCCAAAGGAUUCUCAGUAGCUUACACAUUAGCUGAUGGGACUGAACAUGAAGCUUUCAUUGAAUACAAUGCACCUGUUACCAAACGUGAGGAUUUACGCCCCGUCUUGGAGGACAUGGCAAAAGAAGCUGAAGCUGCACUAGGCAUGCCAAGUUCCAUGAAUGGCCCUCCUCCUUUUAAAUCUCUUAUGAAAGCCGCUGAGAUUGAAGACGCACAAAAAGCCGAGAUUGAGCAUAUCCAAGAUGACAAGGACGCCGAAGCAUCAGCUGCCAUUGCCGACGCUGCUAUUGGGGAUAUCUUUGGUACUCGUCCUACGGUGGAGCGUGAUGUAUUUUAUCCGGCCGAUCGUUUUUGGCAAACGUCUGUUACAAUUGGUUUGUCAUCAAUUGCUCUGCUUGGAUAUGCUUCAGAUGCCUUUUUACAAAGGCUCUUUCCAUCAUUUGUCGUCACUUUUCGUAAUUACUUGACUCCCGAAUUAAUUCGUUCCGUGUUGAAUUGGGCUGCCGUGGUUCAUUUAAUGGAAGGGUCGGUGGCUUUAGCCAUCUGCUUGAAAAGAAAUUAUUAUAGCCCUAUCAACGUCUUAAAGUGGACAGGCAGUACGACGUUGUAUGGCGCUGCUUCGAUGAUAAAGCUCAUGCGUCAUGGAAGAUUAGUCGAAAGAGCCUCUAAAAAGAAUAAUUAAAAAGAUAUCUCUUUUCUUUUACAUUUUCCAAUACCUUUACAGCACUUAUUGGCUGUAUCAAAAAAAAAAAAAAAAAAAAAAAAUCCCAUUGUUAAAAACUGUCUAUAGUCUAUUACCAAAAUAAAAAUGUUCAUAUGUAC